AUGUCGGAUGGCGGUGAGUACCUGGAAAUCCGAGAUAAUCGUUCGAGAAUUCAGGAAACAUGUCGGAUGGCGAUGAGUACGUCGAUUUCCGAGAUAAUCGUCCAAGAAGAGGGUUCGAAGCGAAUCCUGACUUUGAAUCGACCAAAAGCUUUGAAUGCUCUCAAUCUUAGUAUGGUACGAGAGAUCUACCCACGGUUCAAAAAAUGGGAAGACGGUGGAGAUGUAAGUAUGAUCAUCCUCAAAGGUUCCGGUGAGAAGGCAUUCUGUGCAGGCGGAGAUGUCUUAGCUGUAACCAGGUCUGCUAAAGAAGCUGCUAGUGGUGGAACUUCGACUACCCACAAGGAUUUCUUCAGGGAAGAGUACCGAUUGAACCAUCUUAUAGGAAGUCUAUCGAAAACCUUCGUCGCUUUCAUUGACGGAAUAGUCAUGGGAGGGGAUAAUCUCGGUUUAUACCUUGCUCUCACCGGUUACCGACUUCAUGGUGCUGACUGUUACCAUGCCGGCCUAGCAACUCAUUACGUUACGUCGUCGAGAUUGAAAGAUUUACAAAAUAAACUGCUAACAAUGGAGAGGGUCACUUACAACGAAGUUGACGGGGUAAUCCGUGAGUUUCAGCCUUCAAAUAUACCGACCUUCAGCUUAGAGGAGCAUCUUCCUGUAAUCAAGAAGACCUUCUAUGCAAGAUCUGUCGAGGAAAUAUUUGAAAAUCUUCGCGUUGAAAAUUCUGAAUGGUCAAAACAGCAGUUAAAGACGCUCUCAAAAAUGAGCCCGACUUCACUGAAAGUCACUUUUAAACAGCUUGAAAAUGGAGCGAAGAUGAAAUUCGGCGAGGUCAAAACAGACCAAAUUGCUGAAAAGUGCACAGAAGGAAGAAUGAAAUAUGAAAACCCAGCAAAUGACGCUGAAUCAAUAUGCGUUAUGGUAUCUGGGUCGACACGAGUCACAUAUGACUCAUUCUUUUCGCAGCGCAAAGGUAGGCGUCGCUUCAUUGCGGCCGUGAACAAGAACUAUGCGUCAUCGCAAGUGUGCCAGCACACCAUUCGAAUAGAUUAUGAUUUGUUUAAGGUUUUCACGAUGGAAUAUCGUCUGGCUCAACGUUUUUUGAAGGAUCAUGACUUCUAUGAAGGUUGUCGAGCAAUUCUAAUAGACAAGGAUCGCAAUCCGAAGUGGAUUCCGGAAAGACUAGAGGACGUAACAGAUGCCGUUGUGGAACGAUAUUUCGAUCCCCUAGGACAGGAGGACUUGAUAUUUGAUGGUUAA